AUGUAAUAAUAAUAAAAACAAGCAAUUCAAGAAAGACGUAGAAGAAGUGGAGCUUUGCAUGCUUAAACCUGUGAAGAAUAUUUAAAAAAAUAUGAUUAAAUUGGACAGAUUAAAAUAAGGGAAAGCUAAAGAAAAAAAAGCUUGUCGGAAUCAGCCUUUCUAAAUUUUGAUUUCAUUCCAGCUGAUGAAGGAGUUGAAGACAUUACUUAAUUGAAGAUCUUCAUCUACUCUCCGAAGGUAAAACUCAAUGAAUAAGAAUUCUUGCAAUUAUUGAAACGAGUCAGGAAUCGCUCAAUCACAACUGACAACCUUUCCAAAAAAUCCUUUACUUUCGACUUUGAGUUCUUCUAUAAAGAGUAUGAAGUAAAUGAAACCCAAUUUGGCUUGCAUUUUUGGAUACAAAACAACAUCAAACACUAGCAUUCCUAAUUCUUUCAAGAAUGUUAUUAUAAAGUUUUUAAUGCAGCAAUUCUCUUGUAGAGAGAUACAACUAUUGAAUAAUAGAUCAAAGAUGCCAACCCCAAUUGCAUGGUUAAGGUCUUCCCCUUAGUAAGAAAAUAAUAUAUUUUAGAUGGACGAGUUGCUGAUUGA